AUGCCUGGAGUCAACUCGAUCCGCCUCUUGACGGGCAACAGCCACCCUGAGCUGGCCCAGCUCGUGGCCGACAGGCUCGGCAUCCCGCUCACGCCGUGCAUCUGCAAAAAGUUCGCCGACCAGUCCAUCGACGUGCGCAUCGGCAGCUCGGUCCGCGACGAGGACGUCUACGUCCUCCAGACGGGCAACUCGCCCUACACCGAUCCCAACGACUCGCUCAUGGAGCUCCUCAUCCUCCUCUCGGCCUGCAAGACCGCCUCGGCCCGGAGGAUCACCGCCGUCAUCCCCUCGUUCCCCUACUCGCGCCACGACAAGAAGGACAAGAGCCGCGCCCCCAUCACUGCAAAGCUCGUCGCAAACAUGCUCACCGUCGCCGGUGCAGACCACGUCAUCACCAUGGACCUCCAUGCAAGCCAGAUUCAGGGCUUCUUUGACAUCCCCGUCGACAACCUCACCUCGGAACCCAGCGUCGCCCGCUGGAUCCGCUCCAAGGUCGAAAACUGGCGCGACGCCAUCAUCGUCAGCCCCGACGCCGGCGGCGCAAAGAGGGCCACGUCGCUCGCCGAUGCGCUCGGCGUCGACUUUGCGCUCAUCAACCGCAAUCGCAAGCGUGAGCAGAACAAGCGCAUCCGCGCCGCGCAGAAGAAGGAGAUGGGCCUCUCGAGCAAGUCGUCGUUCGACGACCUCCGCUCCGGCCUCAGCACGCCCAUGUCGAGCUCGGUGCUGCUCGAUGGCACGGGACUCAACGCCGGUGUCGGCGCCACCUCGCAGCCCGUCGGCAGCAGCAGCGUGUCGGCGCGUUUGACCGCGCUCAAGAACUCGGAGAGGGCCAACGCUGCCGACGUCAGCUCGGCCACCGACCAGCUCAGCCACCUCAGCGUCGAGGGCCAGGCGGCGGCGGCAGCAGCUGCCGCGGGGUCCAAGCACGUCUACAGCGACAUUGCCAACGGCGUCAAGUGCGCCGAGACUGGAGAGUGGAUCAUGACCGACGGUGAGGGUCACCGGGUGCGCAGCGGCGGCGCGCGCGACCGCAACGAGAGCGGGACCGAGGCCGACGACUCGGACGACGAGACGUCGACACGGAUGGAGAUCCUCGUCGGAGACGUCAAGGGCAAGGUGGCGAUCCUGGUCGACGACAUGGUGGACACGGGCCGGACGCUGGCGCUGGCGGCCAAGACGCUCGAGGACGCGGGCGCGGCCAAGGUGUACGCCAUCAUCACCCACGGCCUGCUGAGCGGCCAGUCGGUCGAGCUGCUCAAGAAGCUCAGCCUGGAGAAGCUCGUCGUCACCAACACGAUCGCCAACGCCGAAAACGCCGCCCAGAGCGGCGGCAAGCUCGAGAUCAUGGACGUGUCGGCCGUCAUUGGCGAGACGAUCCGCCGCUCGCACCACGGCGAGUCGAUCUCGCAGCUCUUCAGGCAGGACGCCGAGAUGAUGUUCUAG